AUGUGCAGUACAUAAUUACUGAACCAGCACAAUGAAAUUAUUAUAUUUGUGUUUGUUCUAUUUAUUAAUUAAUAAUUUGGAAGCUAAAAUAGUUCCACUAGUAUACGGCGGUGAUCCCAUACCUCCGGAUCAACACCAAUAUCUAGUGCAUUUGAUAAAACAUCACAAAAAUGACCGUAUUCCAUUGUGCAGCGGUUCAAUUUUGAAUAAUCAAUGGAUUAUAAGUGCGGCUCAUUGUUUCACUGACGACGUUCUUCGGGUUUCUGUGAUAAAGGAAAAUGAAGUUUUAGCAGAAGUCAUAAGCACAAAUAUAUUCAACUAUCCUGGUUAUGUGCACUAUAGAUCGAAAUAUUGCGGAGACAUGCCUUUAACAAAUCAUAAGAAAGAUUUAGCCCUUCUGAAGGUUGAUAGACGUAUUGAUUUCAAUGACAAAGUGCAGCCGAUACAGUUACCAAAAGGUCCUGUUCGCCCGUAUCUUGAGGUCACAAUGGCCGGGUAUGGAUACUCAGAAUUUGAGUCCGGAGAGCCAAGACAAGGAAAGGCUUUUGUUCAUAACUGCAUGGAUGGGGUCAAAACUAACUUUAUUUGUGUUUCUGGUUCAGCAAGAAUUGCGCGUGGGGACUCGGGUGGUCCACUAGUUGCUAAUGAUACUCUGGUUGGAGUAGCAAACUGCGGUAAUAAAAUUUUCUUUUCAAGAUUUGUUGAUGUAUACUCUAAUUUGAAAUGGAUUGAACAUGUUAUGGCAUCUAACUAAUUUAUAUCAAGUUUCUUAUCUUUAUUCUUUUUUCAAUUCAUAAUAUUAUGUCUCAUCUUAAAACCCAUAACUUUUUGAAGAUUCUUGGUUCGUUUGUUCAUUGAUUUACUUUUAUUUUGAUUCCAUCCUUUGUUUAGACAAAAUGUGAAACAGUCUUAUGUACAUUUAUUGCUUUUCUUUCUUGCUGUAAACAGCAAUCUUUUUAUUAAUUUUAAAGUAUAAUAUGGGUGGUAGUCUACAUUUUAAUAGUUUACGGUUAAACGCAUCGGUGUUAUGUAUCUGACCUCACAUAUUAUGCUCCCUUGUGUCAAAACUGAGGGAGGGAUUAUGUCUGAUCGCAGACAACCCUCGGAGUUACGGAGACUACACCUGUGCCCUUACUAAUAGUGUAGUGGUAUUUUUGUGUGUUUAACAUGUACCUAAUCAUAGCCAAGGGAUAAACAGAGGUAUACUAAAGUUUGUCCAGUUUUUGUUCGUCAUGUUAUUAUUUUCUUUAUCAUUUUGUAUUACAUCUACUAAAAAAAUAUUGUAUUUGUAUCACACAGCUAAUAAAUUAAAUUUUUGGGCACUCGAUUUUUUUUUCCUCCAAUCAUUUGUUCCUUUUCGUGAUAAUAAAAAAAUAAUUUUGUUGCUGACGUUCAAAAGUGCCUU